ACCGAUGGCUGCGUGACAUCGGCUUCUGUCUAUGGAUUCUCGAGAUCGUACUGUUCGGCUUCUUCACUGGAAUGCUCGCCUGGCGUUAUAUCACGCAUCCUAUACUGUUCAAGAAGAACAUGAUGGAAUUCCCAUUGAGUUCGUUCCUAGGAGCUAUCCCGAUCUCUUUCAACACCAUCAUUCAGGGCAUCAUAUCAUAUUAUGAUUAUCGAACUUCUGCUCGAUGGGCGGUCUUCGUUCUCUACUGGAUCGCGCUUGUCAUGUCUCUGGCAAUAUCUUUUGGUCUUGUCAUCUUCCAAAUGAGCCAUGCAAAGCCACAGAAGCUGUCCGACGUGGCAGGAGUUUGGGUCAUGACCACUGUACCUCUUUUUGUCACGGCAUCGACGGCAAGCUCAAUUUUGCCGUUCGUAUACAUGGAGAGCACAAAAUGUGCUAUAGCCUUGCUCGUCACGGGCUUCAUGGCGUGGUCUUUUGCUAUUGCAGAAGUCACAAUGAUCAUCACGAUAUACUUUUUCCGAUUGAUCGCAGACAAGACGCCGGCGGCACCUCUUAUGGUUGGAUCUUUCCUGCCUGUGGCAGCCUUGAGUCAAGGAGCAUAUGCCAUUCACAGAUUCAGCAUCUUCUUGGCUACGUACAUCAAGCAAGGGUACGCACCAACUCAAGUGUCUCCACCACCACUUUCUCAGGCCACACUCCUGGCAACGUCCGAGGUGAUUCACUGGAUGGGUAUCAUUAUGAAUUUCUUCCUCUUGGCUCAUGCGACGUUCUGGGUCGUCCAGGGUACAAUGAGCGUCCUUAUGUCAUUGCCAAAAUUAGAGUUCAACAUCGCAUAUUGGAGUGCAGUCUUCCCUAUGGCUUCAUAUGCAAACACAUGGUGCUUCCUCUCUCGUGACCUGCGAGAUAAUGGAAUGAGAGGCUGGGCAGCGACAAUGGUCAUGAUUGGGACACUGCUGUGGCUCUUCUGCGCUCUAGAAACAGUUUAUAGGGGAUUCUGGCAGGGCAAGUUGUUCUCGGCUCCAGGUCUCGAGGACUGGUUGGGCGAUGGAGAGCAGGAGCAGGACGAGAAGAGCAGAGGUGGUCGGAAAGAUGCAUGGAACGGAAGCUACACGAUACCUCCACCCGGAUCCCAGGACGAGGAGAGUGGACAGGCCAACGGACAUCAGGCUGACGGCAACGAGGGCGAUUCCAGGAGAAGAAAC